GUAGGACAAGAGAAGAUGGCUUUAAGUUGCACCAGGGGAGGGUCAGGUUGGGUACUAGGAAGCAUUUCUUCUCGGAAAGAGUGCUCAUGCACCGGCAGAGGCUGCACAGGGAGGUGCGGCGUCACCGUCCCUGGACGUGCUCCCUGGGCAGGGGAACCCUAUGAGCCCCCUGACCCCGAUAAGCCGCCUCCGGAGCCCGAGGCGCCGCGCUGCCCGCUGGGAGUUGUAGUCCCGGGCCGCGCCGCUGCCGCUCCGAGCGUUGCCCGACACCGCCUCCCCACACAAGAUGGCGGCGCGGGCGGGCCGAGGCGGCGGGUGCUGAGCAGCGCGGGGGUCUGGCUGCCCCGGACCCGCCAUGACGUACACGGCGGAGCAGCUGGAUGGCGUGCGGCGGAUAAAGAGUUGCCGGAACUACUACGAGAUCCUGGGCGUGGAGCGAGAUGCCACCGAGGAGGACCUGAAGAAGGCCUACCGCCGGUUGGCCCUCAAGUUCCACCCCGACAAGAACCGCGCUCCCGGAGCCACGGAGGCCUUCAAAGCCAUUUUCUGUCAAAGAGCGAGGAAGAAGAUGAAGCAAACGAGCUCCUUCCGGGUGGUUUGGCGUGCACUGUGAAUAGAUGCACAGCAAUAGGCAAUGCUUUUGCAGUUCUGAGCAACCCUGAAAAACGAUUACGAUAUGAUGAAUUUGGAAGUGACCAUGAGCAUGUCAGCACUGGCCAAGCCAGGCACUACAAUUAUUACACAGAAUUUGAAGCAGACAUUACACCGGAAGAAAUAUUCAACGUGUUUUUUGGUGGGCACUUUCCAACAGGAAAUAUCCAUAUGUUCUCAAAUGUAGCCAGAGAUGCACACUAUUAUCCACGGAGGCACCGAAAUGAAAGAGCAUGGACACAGGAGCAAGAGGAAGAAGAAAACAGGCCGCAGAACUCUUAUUCUGCAUUUAUUCAGUUGAUGCCCGUUUUCAUCAUCAUCAUCGUAUCGGUUAUAACUCAGCUGAUGGCGACUAACCCACCCUACAGCCUGUUCUACAAAUCGUCCAUAGGCCACGUUAUUAGCAGAGAAACAGAGAACUUGCAGGUGCCUUACUACGUUGAUAAAAACUUUGAGAAGAAUUAUCAAGGAGCAGAACUUCAAGAGCUAGAGAAAACUGUUGAAAAAGAUUACAUAGACUAUAUUCAGACCAGCUGCUGGAAGGAGAAGCAGCAAAAGUCUGACUUGUCAAAUUUGGCCAAGCUGUACCGAGACGAGCGGUUGAAGCAGAAAGCAGAGUCAUUGAAACUUGAGCACUGUGAGAAGCUCUCCAGUCUGAUCGGAAUGCACAAAGGGGGCUGACCAGGACACCUGUCGUUUUUAUUUAUUGCUGUUUUAAAUUAUGUUUUUAUUUUCCUUUGUAUAAAAAGGGAAGGAGUCUGUUGCAAAGUCUGAAUAUUCGAUUCCUUCAUGUUGUGCAGAGAUGGGCCAACACGAGCCGUAGAGCUGGUGUUUGCUUUAAUAUACUGUACACUAUAUUUGGUUCCAAGGA